AUGCACAUCCUCUCCGAACCAAACGUCUCCAAAAUCUUCCGCAGUCUAACUCAAGAUCAAUGCUACAGCUUCAUCACAGCACUGAGUAGCGCCCUAAUCAGCAUAACCAAAGAAUCAAAGCCCACAACCCUAUCCUCUACUAAAAAAAUCCACCAACCCCUCCGGACAGUCUUUACCACUAGCGAGGGCAACACCUGCAUCUUCAUGCCGGUAUCGGACACCGCAUCCACCGGCAUUAAAGUGGUCACAGCCAGUCCAUCUGGAAUCCAAGGCGUUAUCAACAUCUUCAACCCAGAAGGCCAUCUGCAAGGCCUCCUCGCCGCAGCAGAAGUAACAGCCUUCCGCACCGCGCUAGCAACAAUGACCCUCUUCGUGCGCUGCACGACCCUCCGCAAGGAUAACGUGCUUGUUCUCGGCAGCGGUCGACAAGCGGAGUGGCAUUCGCGUCUUGCACUUCUACUGUACCCGGAACAGGUGCGACGGGUUACCUUUGUGAACCGCGGUGCGAAGAGACUGGCAGAGAUGGAGAGGGAUGUUAUUUCUGAGUUGCGGGGAAUGUACCCCGGUGUUGUCUUUACGACACUUGCUAAGGAGGGUGUUGAUGAUUAUGAGCAACGCCUUGGGGAGGAGCUUGCCGCUGCAGAUGUCAUCUUUAGUUGUACGCCUGCUACGGAGCCGAAUUUUGGGUAUGCGGCGCUGCAGACAAACCCUAAGCAGAGGUUUAUCUCGCUAAUUGGGUCGUACAAGCCGAAUAUGCAUGAGAUUGAUACUGAGACGCUGCUUUCCGGGGGUGGGAAGGUUUAUGUUGAUUCGAAGACGGCUUGUCUUGAGGAGGCUGGGGAGUUGAUUACUGCCGGUUUGGGGGAGGAGCGAUUGAUUGAGAUGGGGGAUCUUUUGGAGGCGGAGGGCAUCGUGGAGGGAGCGGUGGAUGUCCCUGCUGGUUGCAAUGUUGUUUAUAAAUGUGUUGGUAUGGGACUCAUGGAUCUUGCUAUUGGGAAGAAGGUGCUGGAUGUUGGGGUUGAGAUGGGGCUUGGGACUCAUGUUGAUGGGUUCUAA